AUGACCAAACCGGGAAGUUAUUACUUAUACAUAUAUAGGUUGUCGUGAGUCACAUAUGGUUCAAUUAUACGACCGGACUUUUCCAGAGACACAACACACUAUGAAUACAUGCCUUUUUGUUUCUGCUCUCACUACGUAAACAACAACUAGGCAGUGUUGUCGGAACUACUGAUAAAACACCAUGGGAUCAACCGAUCCACAAAUCUGCUUUGAAGGACCUUUGGUGAAAGUGACGGCAAACAGGAAAAGUAAGAAUACUCAGAAUCUAUGGUGUACACUUGACGGUGAAUGUCUGGCUUUCUACAGGAACAAGCGUUCAUCUUGUAUGUUUACCAUAGAGAUCAAACGAGUUAAGUCUGUUACACCGUUUCUGGAUAAAAACCAAUUCGAAGUCAUCACAGAGAGGAGUUUCCUGUUUUCUGCUGAAACAGCAGAACUCUGUCAGGAAUGGAUCAGCCACAUAGAGGAGGCCAGGCAACAGGAUGGUCAGCUUGUCAUUACUAGUCAGAAACAAGAGAAUCAGCCAGUGUCACCGAGACGAGGCUCACUUCCACAACAUAAUGCAGUCAGCAAUGCUUUAAAACGCCUGUCUGGUCAAUCUGACACAUCAGAGAGUGAUUCCAGCAACGUAAAGGCAAAGGACACAAAGAUAGAGAGAAAGUCUAUCACAAAAGAUAUGAUUAAUCAAUUUUCAGGUGGAGUCACCCGAAAACAAACUGUAUCCUCUACUUCCCGCCCAUUCCGACCCAACUCAGGAGGAAAUGUUAACAAUCUCUUGUUACGGUUUUCUUCUGUUGAAAGUGGUAGUCAUUCUCCUACAUCACCGGUUUCCCCAACUUCAUGUGUAAGGCCGUUUUCACCAAAGUCUCUUGACAGGCCAACAUCAUCCAACAUUCCCGAGCAGCCAUCAAACAGUUUCCCAGUGCGCCCCUUGUCUGUGGGCCACCAGCCUACCCACCCGCCUACCCACCAACCUACCCACCAGCCUACUACCCACCAGCCUACCCACCCGCCUACCCACCAACCUACCCACCCGCCUACCCACCCGCCUACCCACCAGCCUACUACCCACCAGCCUACCCACCAGCCUACCCACCAGCCUACCCACCCGCCUACCCACCAACCUACCCACCAGCCUACCCACCAGCCUACCCACCAGCCUACCCACCAGCCUACCCACCAGCCUACCCACCAGCCUACCCACCCGCCUACCCACCAGCCUACUACCCACCAGAAAAUGACAGGAAUAACCACCACAAGUACGGGAACCAAGAUAGAUCUGUCGGAAGUGUCAAGUGAAUCCAGUGUGAUAGAAUCUAGUCGGAAUCGCCAAACUGACUCUGGCUAUACCUCCGGCAUCUGUAGCAGUCCACCGAAGGAAAAUCAACAUAAUAUUGAUUUGCACACAGAAAACAGGGCAGUUUGUGAGGAGACUGAAGAUAGUCAUGAGGAAGGCACAGAGGACCAAGUUGUGCUAAGGUCAAAAGGACUGACUAAUGGUGAUAUUGAUCACAAUGAUGUCAUACGUAGGAGGACUAACAAAGAGGAGGAUGAGGAUGACGACGAUGACGAAGAUGAAGAUGCAGAAGAAAGUGAGCAGGCAGGCCCAAACCUUGAACUCCUUGAUGACUUGAUGAGUUUGACAUUUGAAGAGAUAGAAAAUCCUCAAAGCUCACCUGUAGAUCUGAGUACACUCACCGAACUCAAGGGGUUAUUGACUGACCUGCCUCCAUCUUUGUUAAUGAGGAGAAGUGUUGAUAUAAACAAUCAAGCACCAGUAGAGGAAUUGAGACAAUUUUUACAAACGGCACAGUGA